AUGGCUCAUCGACUGCAACAAAUCUCCAACCAAUUGGCUCGUGAUACCCAGCCCGUUGACCCUUCAAGGAUUGACGGUCAAGUGGUUCUGAUCACGGGCGGUGCGCAAGGAAUUGGACGAGCGACCGCAAGUCUUCUUGCAUCGAAAGGUGCUAAAAUUGUACUGGCCGAUGUAGACGAGACAAAAUCCAAUGAGGCCGUAAAAGAACUGCGUCUCGCAGGAUACGAGGCAGUUUGUGUCGUGGGAGACGCAGUUCACGAAGCAUUCCCGGCAAAAGCAGUUGAUGCUGCAUUGAAAGCAUUCGGCAAGGUUAACUGUCUCGUCAAUAAUGCCGGGUUCUGCUACGACAGCGCCAUCCACAAGAUGAGCGACGAAAAAUGGGAUAUCAUCAUGAAGAUCCAUAACUAUGUUCCCUUCCGGAUGAUUCGCGCACUGUCUGCUCAUUGGAUGGAUCCUCAGACUGCAGAGAUGCCCAAGACUGUCAUCAAUGUAUCCUCGACAUCCGGGCUCCACGGUCAAAUGGGCCAGAUUAACUAUGCGACCGCGAAGUCGGGGAUACUAGGACUGACCAAGUCGGUUGCAGCGGAGUGGGCGAGAUACAAUGUUCGCUGCAAUGCUGUCGCAUAUGGGUGGAUGGAUACGCGACUAACGAAGCCGCCCACGGAAGAGAACAAAGUUUUGAUUGCUGGUCAGAAUAUUGUCACUGGUAUUCCUGCGAGCGCACGGAAAUUUAGGGACACAUCGGAUAUCCCUCUAGGACGGCCAGGCACUGUUGACGAUGCUGCUAAUGUUAUGUUGUUUUUGGCCAGUCCGAUGUCGUCGUAUGUCACGGCGACUUGUAUUGAAUGCACUGGAGGACGAUAUAUGUGA